CAUCACGUCUAUGUAUCAAGCGCAUCAUCAGUCAUUGACAUCAGUUACAGUUAUUACCUCGAUCCGAUGGCGAAUAUACGAUGGAAAGACGACGUCUCAUACGCGAUGACCCCCUUCAAAUUGCUAACGUGGCCCAUCGGCGUUUGGCCACUUCAAGUUUAUAACAUAUAUUCUCUAUUGCGAUGCAUCUUUGCCACCUGUUGCGUGAGCCUAAUGGUGAUAUUGCCUUCCAUGGAAAUCUACAUGGGCUGCACUGAUGCUGAACAGAGCGUAGACAGCCUCAUGUUAAUUUGUUGCGGAAUACUUGGUAUAAUGAAGACAAUAUGGUUUCGUAAACACGCAAGGAAUUUGACUAAAAAUUAUAGCUCUGCUCUGAACGAUUAUGUGAUGGUUGAAGACACGAAACAUCGGGCCAUUAUGCGAAAACAUGCUUUUACGGGAAGAAUGCUCUGCUGUUGCAUGCUGGGAUUCUCUUAUUUCAGUUGUAUAAUAUAUGCGCUAAUUCCUUUUUUGGGUGCUGCUACAAAUAACCAGAUAAAUGUAACGCACGAGGACAUAUUAGAGUAUACAGUACCAUCAAGAUGUGCUGUGGAGUACUUCUUCAAUGCUCCAGCAAGAAUGCAUACUAUCAUGUGUCUCAUUGAAGCAGUCUCAAUUAUUUUAACAAGUACUACUAAUCACGGUAACGACUCUAUGUUUAUCAACAUUACGUUGCAUGUUUGCGGACAAGUGGAAGUUUUGAAAACAAAAUUAAUUAAUUUUGACGUUACGAGUCCACAAGUUUACGAGCGUUUUAUCACGUUGAUUAAAAGGCAUAGCUACUUGAUAAGAAUGGCCAGAGAACUUGCCGAUACAAUUAAUUUUGUUUUAAUAAUUCAGCUAUUCAUUAUUAGCAUACAAUUAUGUAUAACAGGAUUUCAGUUUAUCCUAGCUUUGAAAGUCAAUGAUCCUGUUAUGGCAGGAAAAAGUGUAAUGGUGCAGAGUACCUUUCUGUCACAAUUAACGCUAUACAGUUUUAUUGGAGACUACUUGAAAACCCAAAUGGAAGAAGUGGGACUUUGUAUUUAUCAAAACUAUUGGUACAAUUUCCCUCCAAAAAUAAUGAAGAACUUGAUCUUCGUCAUUAUGCGGACUGAGACUCCUGUCACAUUGCAAGCCGGAAAUAUUGUGGUAAAUUUGUCAACCUACAUGAGUAUCCUAAAAGCUUCUAUUUCUUACAGUCAUUACCCCGACCCGAUGGCACGUGAACGAUGGAAGAACGAUGUCGCAUAUGCGAUGACUCCCUUCAAGCUGUUAGCGUGGCCGGUCGGCGUUUGGCCACUUCAAGUUUAUAACGUCUCUUCGCUAAUACGAUGCAUUUUGGCCACUUGUUGCAUGAGCCUAAUAGUGAUCUUCCCUUCCAUGGAGUUUCACAUGGGCUGCACUAACGCGGAGCAGAACAUCGACGGUCUCAUGUUGGCCUGUUGCGGUGUGCUCGGAGUGCUGAAGCUUAUAUGUUUCCGUAUAUACGCGAAAAACUUAACUGACAAUUACGGCUCUGCUCGAAAUGAUUAUCUGACGAUUGAGAACACAGAGCAUCGUGCCAUCAUGCGAAGACACGCUUUUUUGGGAAGAAUUGUCUCUUGCUUCAUGGUGUGCUUCUCUUAUGUUAGUGUAAUGAUUUAUUCGCUAAUUCCUCUCUUGGGUGAAGAACCGACUAAUGAACAAGAUAAUCAGAUCAACAUAACAGAUGAAAUUGUAUUGGAUUAUCCCAUGCCAUCGAGAUGCGCGUUAGAAUAUUUGCAUGUCCCAACGAGCAUGUAUAAAAUUAUUUGUCUCUUGGAGUUUAUCGUGCUAGUACUUACAUGUACUUGUAAUCAUGGUAAUGAUUCUCUGUUCCUCAAUAUUACAUUGCAUAUGUGUGGUCAAGUAAAAAUUCUAAAAGCCAAUUUUAUUGACUUUGGUGCCUCAAGUCCGCAAAUCUACAAUCGUUUCAAUGAUUUAAUUCAGAGGCAUAACUAUCUGAUAGAAUUGGCCAAGGAACUGGCCGAAUCGAUUAGUUUCGUUUUACUAACGCAGUUAUUUAUUAGCAGCGUAUUAUUGUGUAUAAUGGGAUUUCAAUUUAUCUUAGCGUUAAAAGCGCACAACAUUGUUUUAAUGGGGAAAAGCUGCAUGGUAUUGUGUACUUUCCUGACGCAAUUAUCCGUAUACAGCUUUGUCGGGGAUUACCUGAAAUCCCAAAUGGAAGAAGUUGGACUUUACAUAUAUCAAAGCACCUGGUAUGAUCUUCCUGUGAAGUUGGCGAAAAAUUUAAUCUUCAUCAUUAUGCGUACACGAAUUCCAGUCAAGCUGCAGGCUGGAAAUUUCAUCGUGGUCAACCUGGCAACUUAUAUGAGUAUUCUGAAAACUUCUAUUUCGUAUCUAUCUGUAUUACGUGUAAUGAUUGAAACAUGAAAUCUAACACAUGAUAAAAAAAUUUUACAAUUUACAAAUCUACGAUUCGAAAUUGUGUUUGGCAAGAUAGAAUUCUGUAGAAACAAAAGUUUACUAUAAUGUUGUUUUAAUAAAAUUACUAAUUACAAUCACAAUAUCAUAAUCUAACCGUGCCAAAAAUUAAUAAUUUCUUCUCACAAAGAAAGUCUCAAAAAUAUAUACGUAUUUGAAAACA